AUGAUGCAACCUAUACGGACGUAUAACUUACCACCUUUCUCAGAACUGAGAAUUAUCACAAAUGACCACUUCAAUUCUAUUCCCUUAAAACCUUCCAUAACAUUGAUAAAGAAAAAUGAUAACGAGAGUGCCGAAAUAUUUGGCAAGGAGUUGGUCCCAGGUGUUGAAGUAGCCUUAAACGAAGGUGAAAGAAUCGCAAUAUAUACAUGGAGUGGCUGUACUCUUCAGAUUAAAGGUUCAAUAUUACAGGAAUAUGAAUCUUACGAUAUAAAUAUAAUGAAGGAGUAUUUGAAUAUAAUAAAUUUGCUGAAUAUUAAAAGACAGUUAUCGACUAUUAAUAAUACGUUUGGACCCCGAAUACUGGUAACUGGUUCACCAUCGAGUGGGAAGUCCUCUUUUUGUACAAUUUUAUGUAACUACGCACUAAGGUUUUCAUGGAAACCGUUAUUUAUCGACGCAGAUCCUAGGUCAAGUUGUGAUAAGAGUAGUCUUAAGUUAUACCCAGGCACUGUUGGUUGUGUUUUGUAUGAUAAUAUGGAUAUUGCAACAAACCCUUUAUUAUAUUAUUAUGGUUAUUCAUAUUAUCAGGAUAACGAAUUCUUAUAUUUACACGUAAUAAUUAGAUCGAGUCAAUUAGAUUGUCUAUUGAUGAAGUUGUUGAAUGUAAACAUUGAGUUGAUGCUAUACAACAACGAUAAUGUUAUUAAAUCCUCAGGAAUAGUAAUUAAUGCUCCUUAUGAAUGUAAUAAGGAUAUGAUUGUAAAACUGUGUAAAAUAUAUAAAGUUAGUGUGAUUGUGGUAAUUGACUCUCCCUCAAUUCACCAGGAACUGAUUAAGCACUACAAGAACGAAAAGAACAAUAUUGACAUAAACAUCGCAAAGUUGGCAUACAAUAAUAUAAUUAUAAAUGAUAACGAGACUAAAAGUGAUAAUCCUGAACCCGUUAAACGUUCAGACGCCAGUGAGAAUUCAGCAAACAAUUCCGACGAGAUGUUAAUACUCUCAUCCUCAAAACUUGAGGGAGUUAUAUCUGUUGACAAUAAUAGGCUAAAAUAUAUAAAUAAUAUGAACUGGAACAAGUACUUUGAAAUAAAUAACUUGGGCCGGAACCAUAUCAUUAAAGUUAACUCAAGCACAAUAACCUUUAUAUAUAUUGACAUUAUAGAGCCUCUUACUAAAGACGCACUUCCCACCAAUGAGGAGUAUGUCAUGAAGCAUAAGGAAAUGUACUGCAAUGCUUACACAGAUGACUUGUUGCUUCUUAAUAAUCUCAUUGUGGCUGUGCCUGCAACUGACGACAUUAAGCUCAUUCCUUAUACUAAUAUUUUAUCUUUCUUUCACAUCAGAUCAAUAGAGUCUACUGCCUCUGAGGAUAACACCUUUACCAUAUCACUAUGCUGUCAAACUUAUUACUCUCCCUCUUCUCUUCCGAAAUACUUACUUCUUCCAAGGGAUUUUAAAACUUUAAAGUAUAACCCCUAA